GUGCUAGCUUAUUGGCUCCCUGAAUCAUAGAUGCAGAUAUAAACGAGCAGCGGAAAGCUUUUGAAGCAGUAACACUGAACUACCUGGGAGACAGUUCACAAUGGCUUCUGUUUUCACAUCCAACAAAACAAUCAGAGUUUGUCCUUUCCUCAAUGGUGAUGUGGAGAACUCGGAAACUAAAAAUAACCACAUGUGGAUUGCUCCCAAUACACCCAGCAGAUGCACGUGGAAACCAGGAAAAUCCAUCAGGGAGUCCCCUCAUGGCUGUGUGCCCUUAAAGAAGGAACCAAAGAUUAUGUCAAGUGUUUUGGAGAAAAUUGGACAUACCCCAAUGGUCCGUAUUAACAACAUUGGAAAAGCCUACGGACUUAAGUGCGAGCUCUUGGCCAAGUGUGAAUAUUUUAAUGCCGGUGGGAGUGUGAAGGACCGAAUCACCCUAAGGAUGAUAGAAGAUGCAGAACGAGCUGGCACUCUGAAACCUGGGGAUACCAUCAUUGAACCAACAUCUGGAAACACAGGGAUUGGACUUGCCUUGGCAGCAGCAAUAAAGGGUUAUCGCUGCAUCAUAGUCAUGCCAGAGAAAAUGAGCAUGGAGAAGGUGGAUACCUUGAGAGCACUUGGGGCUGAAAUUGUAAGAACGCCAUGUGUGAAGUAUGAUGAUCCAGAAUCAAAUGUGCGCAUUGCCUGGAAACUAAAAAAAGAAAUUCCAAAUUCACAUAUUUUGGACCAGUAUCGAAAUCCAAGCAACCCAUUGGCGCACUAUGACACGACAGCAGAAGAGAUUCUGGAGCAAUGUGAUGGCAAAGUUGAUAUGUUUGUGGCUGGAGCUGGCACUGGAGGCACUAUCACUGGCAUUGCCAGGAAGAUGAAAGAGAAAUGCCCUGGAUGCAAAAUUGUUGGAGCAGAUCCUGAUGGCUCCAUUGUUGCUCUACCCAGUUCCCUCAACACAGUGGCACCAGAGGAUACGACAAUGGAAGUAGAAGGGAUUGGACAUGACUUUAUCCCAACUGUCCUUGACAGAUCUGUAAGUGGCAAAUGGGAACAGUCCAGCGAGACGUCCAGCAAUGUUUUCCUUUUGCUCAGAAAGCUCUUGUGCCUGGGAUAUGCGGGCACUGCAAUGUCUGUGGCGGUGAAAGCGGCCAAGCAGCUAAAAGAGGGUCAACGUUGUGUUGUCCUCUUACCUGACUCUGUGAGGAAUUACAUGUCCAAGUUUUUGAAUGACAAAUGGAUGGUCCAGAAUGGAUUUUUAAAAGAUGCUCAAGAACAUCAUCCUUGGUGGUGGAAUAUCAAGGUGCAGAAGCUGAACCUCACAGCCCCACUGACUCUGCUCCCAGAUGUGAACUGUCAGAAGGCAAUUGAAAUCCUCCGUGAGAAGUCACAUGACCAGGCGCCUGUUGUGGCUGAAUCAGGGCACAUCUUGGGGAUAGUAACUCUCAGCAACAUCCUCUCCUCAAUCCUGGCAGGAAAUGCUCAGUUCUCAGACUCCAUCAUGAAAGUCAUUUGCCGACAGUUUUCAAAGAUUAGCCUGGAUGAUACCCUUGGAAAGCUUUCAACCAUCCUGGAAAAUGAUCACCUUGCUGUUGUUGUACAUGAAGUGGAGCAAUACAAUGCAGGUGGUAGCUCCUUCAAGAAACAGAUAGUGUUUGCUGUGGCCAGAGCUGCUGACCUUCUCAGUUUUGUUGCUCCAAAGGAGAAAAACGAAGAGCUGAGAGAUGUAACACCCCAAAUACCUUCUUUUGAAAGAAUCAUCUCUACAGCACACUCAGAAGAAAAAUAACUGUAGACUUUAAAGUACAAUAUUCUGGUUUGUUUUACGAUAUAGCUAAGCUUUCUAUUUUAACUUACCUAGCCGUUUUUGGACAUGCCAAAAUUUAAUGCCAUCCUAAAUGCCACCAGAGGAAAUAAUCUAGAAUCAGAAUGAACUUGUUAAGAAAUGUUAAAAUUAAAAUAAGCUGCUGUGGUGGUAAGAUUCUUGGGAUGAAAAGAUUAGAAGCAAAUGAAUUCUAUGAGGUUUUGCUGAAUUGAUAUCUGACACUUUGUUUGCAUUAACAUUGACUGAUAAAUACAUAUCAAAAUCUGCUGGCAGAGGAAAAA